AUAACAUAUUUUAUUAGUUCCCGGGAAAGCUGUGAUUUGCUGGGGAUUCUCUUUCUUGUAUGGAACUCGUUGUGCCCGACUGGACGAGCCCAUGCCAAUGUCGGUUAUCCGUCUAGGAGGUCACGCAUCAGGUGACCCUGUCUCCUUUUUCAGUGAUCAAUGCGUGGGGGGAGAUGUCACAGGUGUAUUAAUUGAGAUCUGCAGUCUGGGUUCCGUCCUGUGAUUGCUUCAGAGCUUUUCAUGUUGGUUGCUCCUCUGGGCAUUUUAAAAGAGGAUUCCUUUUUUUUGGUAGAAAAAGGGGGAUUCCUCUAGUUGGCUUGAAGAUAACUAUGGAGAAAGGCAAGAUUUCUGAAUACAGAGAGAAGUUGGACAAGACUCUGGCUUCUGCUGAACUGACGAAUGAGGAGACUCUUAAAAACCUUAUCAAGAAUCAAAUCCUGAGAUCUUCGAAACAUGAGAAGGAAGGAUAUAGUGAGGAUGUAUUGGAAAAAAGGACUAUGGAAUUGUCCAAUUUUCUGGCCAUGUUAAGGAGUGCUUCUGUAAAUGAUCAUGAGUUGUCAAAAACCCAUGAGGCAUCACAUGGUGAAUGGAAAUUAAAGCAGGAUAAUGAAGAAUUCCGUGUCAUGUAUCGUGAAGGACCUCAAGGCACUCCUUUUCAUAGCUUGCUUGUUGAAGGUUAUGUGGAUGGACCUGUAGAUGUUUGUUUAUGCAUCUCUUGGGAGUCACCACUGUACAAGAAAUGGUGGCCUCAAUCUAGUUUUCCACCUUUCAAAAUAACUACUUGCGAGUGUUUGCAAAAGGUCCAAAUUGGAGAACAGAUAUCCUUAGUGAGGGUGAAGGUUGCUUGGCCACUGUCAGCUAGGGAAGCUUUAGUGCACUAUUUUCUAUUUGAAUACUUUGAAGAUGAUCUGAUUGUCAUCCUCCUGAACACGAUCUCAGACAUAAGGAGUAUUGAUAGAAGCACUCAUGGCUUUACCAAGGAUGGGAUCCCUGAAGCAAAGGAUGUUGUAAGGAUUGACUUGGUUGGAGGCUUUGCUUUGCAGAAGGUGACAAUGGAAAGGAGUUACUUUCGGACAAUAACAAACAUGGAUAUGAAGCUGGAUUUUGUCCCUCCUGCCCUUAUAAACUUUAUCUCAAGACAACUCAUUGGAAAUGGGUUCAGACUCUAUCAAAAGGCAGUGGCUUCUGUGUCUAAUUGUGAUGAAGAUUACUGCAACGCUUUGAAUGAUCCACUGUAUGCUCGGAUGCGUGAAGCUCUUUAUUCAAUUAAAGAAUCGCAGGAGGCUCUGGAAGUGAAAGAACUCAAAAUUGAAGAAUGCAUUCAAGAUGACAAACAUUUAAUGAAAGAGACUCUGGAUGUCAGAUGUGAUGUGGAACUGGAUGGUCAUGCCCAUGACCCUAUCCAUGUACCUUCACUAGAUUGUGCCCAAGGCACAAAGAGAAAAACUUUUGGUGAAAUUGAGGAGGAAGAGAGUGAAGAAAGCACAUUUGUGGAGGGUGAAAUUGAGGAGGAAGAGGGUGAAGACAGCACAUAUGUAGAGGAGGAUUGUCAGGCUAUAGAGCAAUCCUUGGCCAGAAUACCUGCUGAUAAGAAUUGUGUAAAUGAUAAAAAAAAUAUCUCUAUAAGACCUGAGGUGGAACAAGCUCUAGUAACAUUAGAUAAGGUCAUUUCCAUGGUUCGGGAAUAUGGACUUAAUGGCCAAAAGAAGCUCAGUUCUUUUGGCUUCCCCGAAGACUCUCCGGAUUCUGAGAAGAGUGUAGUAAACAAUUUGAUUUCUAAAGCAGAUGAUGGAGAUUGUUCAAGAGGUGAGGUUUGCAUUGAGACAUCCAAAAAGGAAGUUGAGGAGAGGACUUUGCCCAAUUCCAGGAAUACCACACCAAUCAAUGAUGUCAGGUCAAAUUCUUUUUCAAGGGAAGCCAACCAUAACAGAAUAGCACCGGCUUCAUCACCUCUGCAAGAUAUAUUAAACCUUGCCAAGACUAACCAUAGUGCCCCAAGUUCCCCACGGAACCAGACCACUGACGCAAAUGGCAUUCACGAAAAUGGUGUUAAAAAGCCAACUAACUCCCUUAAAAAAUACCGCUUCUGUUGCUUCAGCUUCAAAUCAAGCAAGAAGCUUGACUAGUUGAUGCCUUGAACAGGAAUACACAUAGGAUGCAAAAGAAGUUCUGAUUUUAUCAGUAACAAGCUUUCAGUUUUGGAGCAUAAUAAUGACUACUUCUUGAAAGGAACUAUUGGUUGCCUUUGGGCAGUUAUGUACCAAUGAAUCUUACACUAGCAAAGAUGUACAAGUGCUUACAUAACAAUUUACAAAUGAGUAUACUUUGUAAUGCAAAAUUCUGAAUUUUAGACCGGCUGCUUGCUCUGUGUACUUCAACCAACCAGGUUUGGUUGUGAACCUUGAUUGAAUGACUAGGUUUGACAAAUACAUUAAUAGUGUUCGA